AAACACAUCAACAAGCUGAAGACUGGAGCGUGCUGCCUUCAGCCUGGAGGGAUAAGUGAAUCACCACCCUUCAUCCGGCUCGUCGGUCCGGGAGGCACUCUCUGCUCGUCCAGCUUGCUCUUUCCUUUUCAACUCUUUGUUUUCCCACAUCUCUACUUCUUGCUUCUCUCUGUCUUCAACCUCCCUCCCUCAAACCAUGGCUCCGACCCUGGCCACGGCCUUCGCCAGGCGCUGGUGGAUGGCAGUGACUGCCAUCAUUGAGAAUCUGCUCUUCUCUGCUGUAUUGCUGGGAUGGGGGUCGCUCCUAAUCAUGCUCAAGUCAGAGGGCUUCUACUCUUACCUCUGCACUGAAGAGGGUAAUGCUACAAGCUACAAUCAGUCCCUACCGCCGACAACGCCUUCUGAUGACUAUGCUGAUUACUACGAGACUGAGGAAGAGGUGGUGGGCUUGGGAGAUGGGGUGGAGAUGAGGCCCCUGGUCCCUGCGGAUGGGCCACUGAGGAUGAACGGCUGGCUGAUCUGCAAAGAACAAGAUGAGAUGCUGAACCUGGCCUUCACCGUGGGCUCCUUCCUGCUGUCGGCCAUCACACUCCCUCUGGGGAUCGUCAUGGAUAAAUAUGGGCCUCGCAAGCUUCGUCUGCUGGGCAGCACGUGCUUUGCAUUUUCCUGUCUCCUCAUUGCUUACGGAGCAUACAAGCCAAAUGAGCUCUCUGUUCUUAUCUUCAUUGCCCUGACAUUCAACGGCUUCGGAGGCAUGUGCAUGACCUUCACUUCCCUCACAGUAAUUCAGCCUUCGGUGACUGACUGUGGAGUCCUGGGCUCUACCAUGCUCCCUAACAUGUUUGGAGACCUCCGCUCAACCUUCAUCGCCCUGAUGAUUGGCUCCUAUGCCUCCUCUGCUGUCACCUUCCCUGGUGUUAAGGUAAUAUAUGACUUUGGCAUACCUUUCAUUACCAUUCUGGUGGUGUGGGCUUCCUGUGCUGGACUGGUGUUCUUAAACUGCUUCUUCAACUGGCCACUGGAACCAUUCCCAGGACCAGAGGACAUGGACUACACUGUGAAGAUCAAGUUCAGCUGGCUGGGAUUUGACCAUAAAAUCACCGGGAAGCAGUUUUACCACCAAGUCACCACAGUGGGCCGCCGCCUGAGCGUGAGCAACAACAUGAAGCAGAAGGAGCUCGUCAGUAAAGAUGGACGCAAUCUCUGCCUCUCCACCAUGGACCUAGAAAUGGACGGCAAGCCAAAGGAAGAAUCUGAAUCUUUCCUGAAAAGCAUCAUGAGCCCAAUUUUCAUGCUCAGUGCUCUGACCAUGAGCAUCACUCAGCUUCGUCUCUUGUUCUACAUGGGAGCAUUGAACAGUGUCCUGGAGUCGCUCAGCGAUGGAGACCUCAACACAGUGAGUCUAUACUCCUCCAUCUUCGGCGUGCUGCAGUUUCUUUGCCUCAUGACCACCCCUGUGAUUGGUCAGAUCAUGGACUGGAAACUAAAAGAGUGUGAUGAUGGGGAAGACGACAAGGAACCCCUUAGCAAUGGUGAAACAAAGAAAAAGCGCAGAGACAAGAAGAUGCAGAAGUUGACCAACGCGCUACGAGCAUUUGUCCUCACAAAUGUCCUUUUGGUGGGAUUUGGGGUCACUUGCCUGGUGCCAAAUCUCCCUCUGCAGAUUGUGUCAUUUGUCUUACACACUGUGGUGAGAGGGUUCAUCCACUCUGCUGUGGGGGGCCUGUAUGCAGCUGUGUAUCCCUCCUCCCAGUUUGGCAGUCUAACAGGGAUGCAGUCUCUGGUCAGCGCUGUGUUCGCUCUGCUGCAGCAGCCACUGUUUUUAGCCAUGAUGGGACCCUUGGGAGGAGACCCUUUCUGGGUAAAUAUUGGACUCUUUGCACUCAGUCUGCUGGGCUUCUUGCUGCCUAUUUACCUGAUCUGCUACAGACGGACGCUCCACAAACAGCAAAAGCAGAAAGCAAACAAUGCCAAGAUAUACAUCAAAAUCAACGGCUCAGAUAUCCCGGAGGCCUUCGUCUAGAGGAAAGUAGAACCAGACAGAAAGCAGCUAAAAAAAGAAGAUGCUGAGGAAUAUGGGCCAGCCAGUGAUACACGCACAUAGGCAUCCGAAAUUUGUUUUAAUGGGACAACUGAAAUGUUUAACAUGUAUUUGUUAAACUUGUCCACAUUUUAAAAAGAAAAACUAGUAUGAUACUUUCCAUGGAGAUGUGUCCAAUGAACAGCUGUUGAAGAGAAAAGUAAAGCGCACAGGGGAUGGGAUGAAGGACGAGAGAGAGGAAAGACUGUGAAAGGAAAGAGGCAUGAGCCAUCUGUAUUCCCCCAAAUCCUCAGAACUCUCUUUUUUCCCUCCCAUCUGAACUGCACACCAGCACAGCUUCGAUCUAUAAUUCAGACUGCUCUGAUAUCUCCAUAUAAGCAAAAGAAAAGGACGAGCUUCCCACUUUGAAAUCACCAAAAACUUUACCCUCACAUCCAAAUUCACUAAGCUUUCUGAGUCUGAUUUUCCUCUUCAUUUUACAUGUUAACUUUUAGCCAUCCUGAUUUAUCAGCUUGAUGCUAUCUAUCAGUCCAUCAGUGCAAUUUUCCCAUCAAAUGGUGUAAAGUAGAGGAGGACAAGAUGAAGUGAAAGAGGAGACAUUGCUGGUGUUCCUCAGGCAAGUAGAGAAGAUAGUGAAGAUUCUGAGGCUGGAUUUUUAAAAACUUCUUAUUAAGACUAACAUCUGAUGACACUAUAACUGUAGAGUCUAAUAUACUGUGCGAUGGGUAGACCAGUAUAAUAUAGUAUUUAUUAUAUUUUCUUUAUUAAUAUUAUUUCAAUAUUCACAUUCACUUAUUAGAUGUACCUUCGAGUUAAAGAGCACAUUAAUUCAUUAAAGGUAUACUCUGAAAACAUUAUCUCAUUUGUAUUGCAUAAAAACUCCAGUUAAAGUAUACUUAAUGCUUUCCAGUGGAUGCAGCUGUUAACCUGUUUUCUUUCAGAUGUCUUAGUUUUAGUCUGUAUGUCAUCCAGCCCGUCUCCCUACUGUAAAGAGGAAUGCAGCACUUUUAUCCUUUUUUUCCAAAUAAACUUAGCUCAAUUUGGCACUUUAAGGUCCCCUUAAGGUAUAGUACCCACUACCUUCAUAUAUAUAUGUAUUUAUUUUAUGUGACACUUUCAACAAAUAUCUUUUGGUGCAUUUGAAUUAUUCUGUGCUACUCUGGAGACUGGUUAUGUGGUACUAUUUUGUUGUUUUUUGUUUUUUUGGAAUAAAAACUCCGUCAUAUGACUGAAGAUUGUAGAGAUGUUUUUUCUAUGCAAGACUCUUUGAAAAAUGUAGGAGUUAAUAAAGGAUUUCUUUAUUCCACUGCUAA